CCUAUAUAGCGUGUCGUUGCUGAAGGUGUCGCAUCAGAGGCACAGACGGAGCACCUUCUCGCCCUGACCGACUUGCCGUCCUCAGUCCACCAUGAAGCUUUCCUUCGUCGUCGCCUUCCUCGUGUGCGCGCAGCUGGCCCGGGCGCAGUACGAGGACGAGCCAAGUGAGAUUGCGCCGUACAGCGUCACCAGGGAGGGCAAAGGGUACGAAGUGCGCGCGUACCCGGCGGCCAAGUGGGUCUGCCACAGCCAGGUCCAGCAGGCGGCCAGCAGGCGCAAGGACACGCGCGCCUUCUUCGCCCUCUUCCGCUAUAUUGACGGCGGCAACGAAGCAGGAUCUUCGACGGCUUCGCGAACAAAGAGCGCAUUUGGGAGGAGGCUUCAGAGGCCCUCAAGGUCGACCUCGAGGCAGCGCAGGAAGAGGGAGUCAACUUCUCCUUCUUCUACAGGGCUGGCUACGACUCCCCGAUGAAAUCUGAAAACCGGCGGAAUGAGGUUUGGUAUUUGAAGAAUUAA